AUUUGGCGUGUCACGAUAUUGACGCGCAAUCGGGCGAGGCGGACUUUUCGUAGUUGUACCAGGAUAUACGGCUAGAGCGGCGCAUAGUUUACACAGUGACGUGUUGCAGGUAUUGAAAGCAGGGUGAUUUCAUCUUGGGGAAAUUCUUUUGUAGUCUAUUUAUACAACACGUACUGUUCGAAUAUUCUCGUCAAUAAUGGAUGAUGAAGUUGCUGCACUAGUGGUUGAUAAUGGUUCCGGUAUGUGUAAAGCUGGGUUUGCUGGAGAUGACGCCCCAAGAGCAGUCUUCCCUUCCAUAGUCGGACGGCCACGUCAUCAGGGUGUUAUGGUUGGAAUGGGACAAAAAGACAGUUACGUUGGCGAUGAAGCGCAAAGCAAAAGAGGAAUCCUUACACUCAAAUAUCCAAUCGAACACGGAAUUGUCACCAACUGGGAUGACAUGGAAAAGAUCUGGCAUCAUACUUUCUACAACGAACUUCGCGUGGCACCUGAAGAACACCCAGUCCUUCUUACCGAAGCUCCAUUGAAUCCCAAAGCCAACCGUGAAAAGAUGACCCAAAUUAUGUUCGAAACCUUCAACGCACCCGCAAUGUAUGUAGCCAUUCAAGCCGUCUUAUCACUUUAUGCAUCUGGAAGAACAACUGGUAUUGUCAUGGACUCUGGUGAUGGUGUAUCGCACACUGUGCCAAUCUAUGAAGGGUAUGCUUUGCCACAUGCAAUCCUCCGCUUGGAUCUCGCAGGGAGGGAUUUAACAGAUUAUCUGAUGAAGAUAUUAACCGAGCGAGGAUAUUCGUUUACAACGACAGCCGAGCGCGAGAUUGUACGCGAUAUAAAGGAAAAGCUCUGCUAUGUCGCACUAGAUUUCGAACAAGAAAUGCAGUCUGCAGCCACCAGUAGUUCGUUGGAAAAGAGUUACGAACUUCCGGACGGGCAAGUUAUUACGAUUGGUAAUGAAAGGUUCAGAUGUCCAGAGGCAAUGUUUCAGCCAUCUUUUCUGGGAAUGGAAUCUGCUGGAAUUCACGAGACCACAUACAACUCCAUCAUGAAAUGCGACGUUGAUAUCCGUAAAGACUUGUAUGCAAACACCGUUUUGUCUGGCGGCACUACGAUGUUUCCAGGAAUCGCGGAUCGUAUGCAGAAAGAGGUUUCAGCUCUUGCUCCUUCCACAAUGAAGAUCAAGAUCAUUGCUCCACCUGAGAGAAAAUACUCAGUAUGGAUUGGUGGAUCUAUCCUUGCUUCGCUCUCUACAUUCCAACAGAUGUGGAUUUCUAAACAGGAAUAUGAUGAAUCUGGUCCUUCGAUCGUGCACAGAAAAUGUUUCUAACUGCAUCUGGGAUUAUUGAACUAACUUUAUAAUGCUGACACUCCUAUCCUGCCAUCUUCGCGCAACUUUGACUUAUACAUUCCCAUUAUUCGUUAAUAGACGCAAGAAUGUGUUUGUGUCGAGUAUAUUUAACCCCAUCUUCAUGCACCUACGCGUGCUAUCAUAUUUUCUUCAAUUUGUUAUUUGUUGUAGACUUGUAGUUUGUUUACAUCGUAUGUGGCGACCCAGUGACUGAAAAUCAUGAUUGAUAAUACGAAACUGCUGCUGUAAGUCUUCUUCUUUGUGUUUUUGGCCAGUAAUACACAAACGAAUAUAUAUAUGUUCUAGUUGUUAAGUCUAUUUUACGACAAAUAAACUGUAGCCACGUAGAGA